AGCUGACCUGUCUUGUGAUAGCAGCUAGACCGGAGUCGCGAGACAGGCGUACAGUUCUUGUUGCUGGCUGGACUUGUGCUGGAAAACGUUACACCUCUCUUCAUAAAUUAAGUAUUCAAGAUGACGAAUCAGAAUUUGCUGAAAAUUGCACAUGAGGAACGGGAGAGCAAGUUCGGAUAUGUUUAUGCAGUAUCCGGACCUGUUGUUACCGCUGAAAAAAUGGCUGGAUCGGCUAUGUACGAGCUGGUGCGAGUCGGUUAUUAUGAGCUGGUAGGAGAGAUUAUCAGAUUGGAAGGUGAUAUGGCUACGAUACAGGUAUAUGAAGAGACAAGCGGUGUGACAGUUGGCGAUCCCGUGCUUCGCACUGGAAAGCCAUUGUCCGUUGAAUUGGGUCCUGGCAUCCUUGGUAGCAUUUUCGACGGUAUUCAGCGUCCAUUGAAAGACAUCAACGAGCUCACAAGCUCGAUUUAUAUCCCGAAAGGUAUCAAUGUACCGGCGCUUUCGCGUACUGCUGCUUGGGAAUUUAAUCCGCAUAAUGUGAAGAAUGGCAGCCAUAUAACAGGCGGUGACUUAUACGGCGUCGUGCACGAAAAUACUUUAGUAAAGCACUGGAUGAUCCUGCCUCCUAAAUGUAAAGGCACAGUCACGUAUGUUGCGCCCGUUGGCAACUAUACUGUUGAUGAUAUCGUAUUAGAGACCGAAUUCGAUGGCGAGAGGCAAAAAUACACUAUGCUUCAGGUAUGGCCAGUCCGUCAACCUCGCCCGGUUACUGAAAAAUUGCCAGCUAAUCAUCCUCUACUCACUGGUCAACGGGUCUUAGACUCUCUCUUUCCUUGUGUUCAAGGCGGAACCACAGCUAUUCCUGGUGCUUUUGGUUGCGGUAAAACCGUCAUUUCACAGGCCUUAUCCAAGUACUCUAACUCUGAUGUAAUCAUUUAUGUCGGUUGCGGAGAACGUGGUAAUGAGAUGUCCGAAGUAUUGCGAGAUUUCCCUGAAUUGACGGUGGAGAUUGAGGGAGUCACCGAAUCCAUCAUGAAACGUACAGCUCUGGUCGCCAAUACAUCUAACAUGCCAGUAGCUGCGCGUGAAGCGUCCAUUUACACUGGUAUUACACUAUCCGAAUAUUUCCGUGAUAUGGGUUACAAUGUAUCGAUGAUGGCAGAUUCAACAUCUCGUUGGGCCGAGGCUCUUCGAGAAAUUUCAGGUCGUUUAGCUGAAAUGCCUGCCGAUUCCGGUUAUCCUGCUUAUCUUGGUGCUCGUUUAGCCAGCUUUUAUGAACGCGCCGGAAGAGUACAAUGUUUGGGAAAUCCAGAUCGUGAAGGAUCUGUUAGUAUCGUCGGUGCCGUAUCACCACCAGGUGGUGACUUUUCUGAUCCUGUGACCAGCGCGACGCUCGGUAUUGUGCAGGUGUUCUGGGGUUUGGAUAAGAAACUUGCGCAACGCAAACACUUCCCAUCUAUUAAUUGGUUGAUAUCGUACAGUAAAUAUUUGCGAGCACUGGAUGAUUUCUACGACAAGAAUUUCCCAGAGUUCGUCCCAUUAAGAACGAAAGUGAAGGAGAUUUUGCAAGAGGAAGAAGAUUUGUCGGAAAUUGUGCAAUUGGUAGGCAAGGCUUCGCUUGCCGAAACAGAUAAAAUAACACUUGAAGUAGCGAAAUUGUUGAAAGAUGAUUUUCUGCAACAAAACAGCUAUUCACCGUACGAUCGUUUCUGUCCAUUUUAUAAGACUGUAGGAAUGUUGCGAAAUAUGAUCGCAUUCUAUGAUAUGGCAAGACAUGCGGUGGAAUCAACAGCUCAGUCAGACAACAAAAUCACAUGGAAUGUUAUUAGGGACAGUAUGGGCAAUAUUCUUUAUCAAUUGAGCUCUAUGAAGUUCAAGGACCCUGUUAAGGACGGCGAGGCGAAAAUCAGAGCAGACUUUGAUCAGCUGCAUGAAGAUAUUCAACAGGCGUUCAGGAAUUUAGAAGACUAAAUUCCUAACUUGCCACUUGUUAAAAGCAAUUUUAAGAUAUUGAUUGUUCUUGUAACUUGGCUCUAACAUUUAAGAAUGUCCAACUAGUAAAUUGCAGAUAGCCUGCUAAAAAUACGACUACAUGCAGCAUUAUCGAUUAUGUCAUAUAUUAUUUGUCGAAUAUACGUCGACUUUGAAAGGGUUUGAAUAAAUUGUAAAUAGAGAAGCUAUGAAAUUUAUUACCAUAAAAAGCAGCGAAAUAUUCGAGAGAAUGUCGUGUCAUGUACAUGACGAUCGUGACAAUAAAGUGGGACAUUCUUAAAUGCAUUUGAAGCAUACAUUUAAAAAUAAGCUUCCUUGAGAGUUAACUCGCUUGACUCGAAAGCAGAGCUAAUUGUAAUUAAUCUGAUAUUAUCAGAAUUUUAUCCUUCGCGUAGAAAUAUAUUUUCGGUUUCUUUUUGCUUUGUUAAAGACGCAUAUAAUCGGGAAAAUUAAUAAUUCCUAUAUGUUUUCCGUAAAUGUAUAAUAUAAACGAAAGUAUAAAACGGCUGCCCGUUUCGACGCGCGCAAAUUAGAAUAAUGGUAUGAGAAUAUACUCUUGAUUAUAUAUACCAGCUAUAUGGCAUGUGGAUAACACGACUGUUCUUAUCUUGCAAAAAGAUUGUGAAGUAUUAAAUAUUGUAACAUAUAAUGUAUUAUUUAAGCGCGAAAAACGAUAAUCGCAACUGUUAUGCAUAAUUAAGCAUACUAUACCUUAACGUUACAAACAUGAUUUAAAAGUUUAGAACAGAACACCCAUACAUACGCAUAUAUGAUAUGUUAGACAAAUGAUCAAGGUGCAGGAUCUUCGAUAUCGUGAAGAUAAAUAUGAAAAGAAAAAGAACUUGUGAGUGUUCCAUUGACUUCGAUAUCAUUUCCAUUGUAUGAUAUGUAAAAAAAUACAAUAAAAUUAUGCACAAGA